UUAACAUUUUUAAGUUGUUUUGAAAGUGUGAAAAAAGGAAUUGAAAUACGUGAUGGAACAUUUGUGCAUACAGUUUCAAUGAAUUUCAUGUGGACUAAUGGCAACCUUUGGGUCCUAGACAGCGGCAUCGUUGACACCAUAGACAACCCAAGAUGUACUUGCCCUCCUAAAGUCGUGGUCAUCAAUGUCGUUCUGAAGAAGGUGACGAAGACGAUCAAGCUGACCUCGACAGUGGAGCCCAUGUCGCAAUUGCAAAACAUUGUCGUCGAAUACACUAUUACUGGUCCAUUCAUUUACAUUUCAGAUGCAUCGCGUGGUGCGAUCAUUGUCCAUGAAGUGUCAAGUAACGAUGGCUGGUCAGUUCUGGCCUGUGAUCCUGCAAUCGGCAUACAGCUGGCUCUGGUAAAGAAAGGACCUUUACACAAUUCUCUGAUGCUCAUCAGAAUACAUCAUAGAGGCGUACUGGAAUUGGAUACAGCAAUGUUGAAAAGAAAAAUGUGCAAUUCACCUUUAACUGUGAUUGGUGAAAAAGAAAAGCCAGUAUUUCUUCUCGGCUUUGAUGCUCACCAUUUAUACUUACGCCAUUCGGAAUGUGCAGAUGUUCUAUCCUGGGAUAUUCAGAAGCCGUACUCCAACCUCAUAAACAUACAUUCAGCGGGCCCCCAAAUGGUCCCUACCUCUGUUACAAGUGACCCCCUAAAAUACUCACUUCUCGUAUUGGAUACCAAUUACGCGGAAACAGUACUAGAAACAAAAGCAACCUAUCAUAAAUUAACAUUUAUUGGUCAGGUUUGAUUUGUUCAUAACAUGUUAUGUAAACUUUAAUAUACAGGAUGUAACAAAAUUUGCAACAAUUUUAUAACUCAAUAUUAAUUUAUAGCGAACUCCCACGGUAACAACCCACAAUAAAUUACCUGUCCAUGUACCUAUUUUUAUGCCAGAAAUAUUAUUGAUGUUUCCGAUAACCUAAUUCACAUUUUUAACCGUUUUAUGUUUUCUAAUGCAAUUCGCAAUAUAUGUAUACAACUGUAA